AUGAUCAUAAUUGCAUAUUGUAUCUUAAGAUUGAUAGAAUUCAGCCUAGAAAGUACACAGAGAAAGACCAUUGUGACACAAGAUAAAUGGUUGAAGAAUCUCACCGGACUCCAACUACCCAGUGAAGUAAAAACCUUUUUGUCUUUGGGUCCGAAGUUCUCACUUGUACCACAAAUCAGGGACAUACCAAUUAUCGAACUUCUAGCAACAGUAGAAACCUACAACACCAGCAGGAACAAUAACGAGUGCAACAUCAUAAGAGCCAAAGUAACCAACGUUAUCACAAACCACCUACAACAAUCGAAAUCCACAGGAUUACCCUACAUUACUCGAUUGGAAAAUUCAACAAAACGCUUUCUUAGAGAACACCCAGACAUCAUAGUCACUCAAUCAGACAAGGGUGGAGUUACCGUACUGAUGGAGAAAGAAAAAUACAUAAACCUAGCAAACCAACAACUCGGAGACCAAGAGUACUACCAGCAAAUUUCUAAAGAUCCUACGAGUACAAUCGAACAAAAAUUAAACAAGAAAGUCAGCGAGUUGAAACAAAAGAACUACAUCACCCCUGAAGAAGCAAAAGAGUUGAUGACCUACGACGGCUUAUGCCCCAAAUAUUAUGGCUUAGUCAAAAUUCACAAACCUGAGCUAUCCCUGAGACCAAUUAUUUCAUCGAUUGGCAGCCCAACAACCAGGAUAUCACAAUUCCUGAAAUAUAUUCUCUAUAGAGCAUACAAUUUCAACAAUACAUACUACAUUAAGGACUCAUUCGACUUCACACAGUCUAUUAACAAUUUCAAAGUACCACCAGGUUAUAGGAUUGUAAGCCUAGACGUCGUAUCACUUUUCACCAAUAUUACGAUCGAAACAACAAAAAAGGCCAUCGAAUAUAACUGGCAAAGAAUAGAACAACAGUGUCAAAUUCCAAAGAAAGAAUUUAUGGAGCUGAUCGAGUUAGUGUUUAGUUCAAUAUAUUUUGCAUUUGAUGGAAAAUUCUACAGGCAGUGCAUAGGUACACCAAUGGGCUCAAAAUUAUCACAAAUAAUAGCUGACUAUGUCAUAGAUGAACUUCUAGAUGAGUGUAUACCCCAGUUGACGUUCAUAAUACCUUUUUGCAAAAAAUACGUCGACGACCUCAUCCUCAUGAUACCCGAAGGAAAACAAGAUGAGAUCCUCAACGUUUUCAACAGUUUCCAUCCAAAGAUUCAAUUUACCAUUGAAGAAGAAUCCAAUAACUGUGUUCCAUUCUUGGACACAAAAGUGAUCAGAGAAGAUGAAACAAUUAAAACCGAUUGGCACAGAAAGACAACAGCUUCAGGCAGAUAUAUACAUUACACCUCAUACCACCCGAUGAAAAUGAAGAUUAACCUUAUCCUAAACCUGAAGACCAGGAUCACAACGAUCUCACACCCGACAUACCUUGACAAAAACCUGAAGACCUUGGCAGAGUUGAUGGAACAGAAUGGUUACCCCAGAUCCUUGGUAAGAAGAUUAGUCUUCAACACCCCCAACCAUCACAUGCAUGAACAACAAAUGGAAAAUACAAAUAACGAGCGACCACCAAGAGAACCACCAAGAGAAGAAAAUCAAAACAGAAAAAAGAUAAUAAUACUACCCCAUAUAGAAGGAUUAACACACAAGAUAACAAAACUAUUGAGCGACGACAAUACCUUCAUAGCAAAAUACAAUGUAAAAACAUCUAAAUACCUGUACAGUAAACUCAAAGAUACAACACCCAAAGAGAGAAGACCCAACGUUGUCUACAAGAUACCGUGCAACAAUUGCAGCGGAGUAUACAUCGGAGAAACGAAGAGAACGAUGAAUAAAAGGAUCACAUCACACAAGAGUGAUUCUAGAAGGAACAUCCAAGCCUGCGCACUAGCUCAACACGAAAACACGACUGGACACCACAUGAAAUUUUCUGACUUAGAGAUCCUAGAUACAGAAACUAACAGUUGGAAGAGAAAAUUUAUAGAGAUGAUCAGGAUAACCCAAGAACCUAACGCAAUCAACCACAAAAAAGACAUUGAUAACCUCAGCGCAAUUUAUGCGAACCUAGUCGAGAUAGACAAAAUGUCCAGAAACAGAAACCCCAUACAGAUGGAUACAGAUACGGAUAGAAGAACCUAGUAGUUUCCCCACGGCCUUUUAAUAUACCUGUUGUCACCUAAUAAUAAAGAAUAAAAAAUUAAAAUAAAAUCAAAAAAAUGCUCUGAACUAAUUCUAACAAAAAGAGAACAAAAAAUCCACUCAGAUUGUUAUUUGUCAUUGUUUAAUGUAAGACAUUCCUAACAACUACCUAACACAAAGAAGAAGAGUCGACUUGUCAUCAAGUCACCAAUGAUUUCCCUGUGCGUCUGUGGUCUCAUGUCACUCAUAACCUAUCGAAUCUAAGAUCUAACCUCUAAUGAAACACCGACGUUCAAGGAUUUCUUACCUGAAUUCUAUCAAUCUUAAGAUACAAUAUGCAAUUAUGAUCAUCCUGAUUUGUAAUUACAAUGAAAACAACCCAGGUACAACCUCAAAUCCUUGCUUCUGAAGAAGAGAUAAAUAAAGUCUCGAAAGCUUAAGCUGAAGGAAAAAGAGUUUUACUUACCAUUGUCGCUUUCCCAAUAAAUACCAAGACUCUACUUACAUAACCGACAAAUAUUUCCCUCUAUAUCUAACUACAGAAUGGGUUUCUUUGAAGACAUGAGGAAUAUCCACGGCCAACAGCUAGUAGUGAACCUAAAGGAAUAUAACAACAACCUACACAAAAUUUCUAAUUUGAAAAACAGGAGGAUCUUUCUUUUACGCUGCAGAGAACAGAUGAUCACCCCCACACACCUACAAGGUUGCAUCAAAAGACUGGACUCUAUGAUAGAAUUCAAGGAUGCCCGAACCGGACAACAGGUCAAAGAAUUCAACAGCAAGUUAGGACGUAAAAUACUCACAUUUCAGAUCGAUAUUACUAUAAAAAACUUGAGAUUCUUGGAUAGUAGACAAUCUGUGCUGGAUAAUUCAAUUUCAGACAUUUUAUCUGAGCACACUUGGAACGAAUUCAAGAGAAAAACCACUAGUAAAGUUAAUAGAGCUUUCCAUCGCAAUAAGGAAGCCAACAGGAGAAAAUUUGAAAGCCUAGAAAGUACACAGAGAAAGACCAUUGUGACACAAGAUAAAUGGUUGAAGAAUCUCACCGGACUCCAACUACCCAGUGAAGUAAAAACCUUUUUGUCUUUGGGUCCGAAGUUCUCACUUGUACCACAAAUCAGGGACAUACCAAUUAUCGAACUUCUAGCAACAGUAGAAACCUACAACACCAGCAGGAACAAUAACGAGUGCAACAUCAUAAGAGCCAAAGUAACCAACGUUAUCACAAACCACCUACAACAAUCGAAAUCCACAGGAUUACCCUACAUUACUCGAUUGGAAAAUUCAACAAAACGCUUUCUUAGAGAACACCCAGACAUCAUAGUCACUCAAUCAGACAAGGGUGGAGUUACCGUACUGAUGGAGAAAGAAAAAUACAUAAACCUAGCAAACCAACAACUCGGAGACCAAGAGUACUACCAGCAAAUUUCUAAAGAUCCUACGAGUACAAUCGAACAAAAAUUAAACAAGAAAGUCAGCGAGUUGAAACAAAAGAACUACAUCACCCCUGAAGAAGCAAAAGAGUUGAUGACCUACGACGGCUUAUGCCCCAAAUAUUAUGGCUUAGUCAAAAUUCACAAACCUGAGCUAUCCCUGAGACCAAUUAUUUCAUCGAUUGGCAGCCCAACAACCAGGAUAUCACAAUUC